AUGAAGCAGGAUACAAAAUUUAGAGAAACCAUCCCAGCUUCUCUUCGACUGGCAGUCCCACCGCGUUACCUGGCAAGUGGAGACUCGUUCACUAGUUUCAUGUACACCUCCAGAAUCUUUAAGCAGGUAAUAUCGAAAAUGGUACCGGAAGUUUGCGAAGCGAUUAUCUCAUCAUUAAAACAACACAUAAAGAGACCGACUUCCGAAGCAGAUUGGAAAGCUAUUUCCCAGGAAUUUCAGUGUAGAUGGAAUUUUCCACACUGUAUACGUAGCAUUGAUGGUAAGCACGUUCAGAUGGUGGCCCCACAACACAGCGGAAGCUUGUUUUACAACUACAAGGGUACAAUGUUCCUUGGCGUUGCAGACGCCAACUACAACUUAUUGUACGCCGAUGUUGGAUGCCAAGGACGUAUUUCUGAUGGGGGUGGUUUUAAGUGUACUUCACUAUACAAGGAUCUAGAAAACAAUACCGCACACGUACCUAGAAGUGACGCAUUACCAGGAAGAACGCAACCUGUACCAUACGUUCUUGUGGGAGAUGAUGCUUUUGCUAUGUCUAGUUAUUUGAUGAAACCGUACCCUGGUCGUACACUGGAAAUUCCAAAAAGAAUAUACAACUAUAGGCUAAGCAGAGCUCGAAGAAUAAUAGAAAAUGUUUUCGGUAUCAUGUCUUCCAAAUUUCGGGUGUUGCUUAAGCCGAUAGCUCUACAGCCAAAUAAAGUAAAGUCCGUCGUGUUGGCUUGCGCCUAUCUGCACAAUUUUUUACGUAGGAAUUCAGAGUCAAGAUAUGCCUACACCCCGCCAGGAAGCUUGGACUCGUACGAUGGUGAUGGAAAUGUAAUUGAAGGAUUUUGGAGAAGGGAAAUUAAUCAUCAAGAGAAUCGUUUGAUGGAUCUCCGCAACGCUCCUCGAAGAUGUUCAGCAAACUUGCAUAAAAUUCGUGAUGAAUUUUGUGAAUACUUUGUUUCUCAAGAGGGAGAGGUAGCUUGGCAAUACGAUUCAAUAUCGUAA